AGGGUGUCGCCGUGGUGGCUCCCAUUCGAAGGCGACGGCGGUCGUCUAUAUUUCGGUUGUAAUCUCUCCAGAAAAAAAGCGAAAUAACUCCGAGCAGACAGCGAAUUUUACAGACUUUAACGUUGAGAUUUUCCCAAAUUCUUCUUGGUCGAGCUUGUGGCAGCCGGGCUCUGGAAUGACGGGGUGUGCCGAGAAUUUGAAUUAGCUCGCCGUUAGUUUGAAGAAAGAGUGAGUCGGGGUAGAGAGAGGAGCCAUUUUGUCCCGACUGUGUGGGAGAAAAGAAAGAGUGGAAAAGAGGAAUCACACGGGAGGAGAUCCUUAUUUUUGCUUUCUGUUCUCAUGCUGUAAGGGGGGAACGCAGUUGGGCUUGGGAAAUAUAACUUCUCCACGGGCACGUUAUUUGGGUGGUAUUUAGCCAACUAGUUAGCUUGCCAAGCUAAUCAACAAAUCCCAGAUUGUUAAACGUUAACAGUCAAGAAGAAGCGGGGCACUUGGACGGGUUGGAGCUGGCAUUAGACUUCACAUAGGCGUGCUAGGUUAUCAGUUUUUUUUGUUUCUUGUCUGGGUUGAUACAAGCUGUUUUUCAAUGGCGAAGAAGACGUACGACUUGCUGUUCAAGCUGCUUCUGAUCGGAGACUCGGGCGUGGGGAAGACCUGUGUGCUGUUCCGCUUCUCUGACGACGCCUUCAACACAACCUUCAUCUCCACCAUAGGAAUAGACUUCAAGAUCAAAACUGUUGAAUUACAAGGAAAGAAGAUCAAACUACAGAUCUGGGACACAGCGGGCCAGGAACGGUUCCACACCAUCACCACCUCCUACUACAGAGGAGCCAUGGGCAUCAUGCUGGUCUACGACAUCACCAAUGCCAAGAGCUUCGAAAACAUCAGCAAAUGGCUGCGCAACAUUGAUGAGCAUGCAAAUGAGGAUGUUGAGAGGAUGCUGCUAGGCAACAAGUGUGACAUGGAGGACAAGAGGGUCGUACCAAAAGCCAAGGGGGAGCAGAUUGCGAGGGAGCACGGCAUUAGGUUUUUUGAGACGAGCGCUAAGGCCAACAUCAACAUCGAGAAGGCUUUCCUCACGUUAGCAGAAGACAUCCUCAGAAAGACGCCUGUAAAAGAGCCCAACAGUGAAAACGUCGACAUCAGCAGUGGAGGUGGAGUCACAGGCUGGAAGAGCAAGUGCUGCAGUUGAACAACUCCUCAGUCUCACUCACACUAACGCACACAAACACACACACACACAGACAAACAAACACAUGUUCUCUCUCUCUGUCUCUCUAACUGCUAACUCUAACUCUGUCUCUGCUCUCUAACCUGUCUCAUGAGUUUUCUUGCACACUGACACUCUCUGUCUGUCUCUUUAUCAGAAUAAAACAAUAAACCACUUCACUCAUCUAAUCCCCCCUCCUCCCUCCACCCUCCACCGUACUCUUCCACUCUCCAUCUGAUGAUCAUUUUUAUUUCUGAUAAAAAGAGAAAUCCAGUCACGUUUCUUGUCAUUUGUUUUAAAAGUUGUUUAAAAAAAAAAAACAGGAAAAAAAGUGUGGAAAAGACAAGCUCAUAUUUUUAAUAAUUCCUUUGCCUGAGCUCACCUGGUUGGACACCCUCACCCACCCUUAACCCCACCCCCCCACCC